AUUUUCCGCAAAAGCGAAAACGGAAAGUCGAUAAUUUCACUCUUUUCGUUCAAAAGUACUACAAACUAGUGUUAAAUACAUCUAGACUGUUCUUUAUUUAUGUAAUUUUGAUUUUCUUGCUGAACAUUACCCGAACACUCUUUUUCCAUAAUUUUAUUUUAAAUAUUGGCGGAAGGUGCCGCCCCCGCUACACUGCAUCGGUCGGAGGGGCCGGCUAUGAGUAAUACCGUUUCUCGUGCUGAGUGACGUCGUGCAGCGGCUGCCGGCAAGCGGCUCGCAGACCUCAGUCCGAUACGACCAAGAGGCACGACAGGACCCGCCCUCUGCACUCGCACCCUCGCACUCGCGCUACUUUUAUCGCACCCUAUCGAUCACCCUCGAAAUCUAUAGUUUUAUUUAUUCAGUGUAAAGGAAACGUUAUGGAUAGUGCUGACGCACUUCUGGGAGGGCUGGCGAGCGGCGACAAAGCUCCAGCGCCAGAGGUGCCUAUGCACGGGGAUGCCGUUCUGAAGCGCGAUCAGGACUCCACCGAUGACUUCGAGCACCUGGACCGCGACGCCAAGCAGGAGGCCGGAGAGUCGCCCCUGCACCAGCCGCGCGUCGCCUCGCAGAACUUCCUCGACAUGGAGCGCGACGAGUUCGUAGACACACCGCGUGCACCCUCCGCCGCCGACAAGCUGGCCGACCAGCUCGCGGAUAAGUUCACCGACAGCGAGUCGGACGCGGACACCGCCGGCGAGUCGCCGAUGCACCGGCCCGAGCCGCCGCGGGCGAGCGCGCCCUCGGAGCCCGCCGCGCUGGACCCCACGCCCGUGCUGGCGCCCGCCCCGGCCGCGCCGCCCGUCGUGGCGCCCGCCGCGUCGCAGCCAGUCGCAACUGCUUUUGAGACCGCUUCCGAGUUCGAACCGAAACCGCGUACCCCUACGCCGGAGCCCAAACAGGAGCCGCCGAAACCAGAGCCCGCCCUGCAGCCGCAGCCCGCCCUGCAGCCGCAGCCCGCCCUGCAGCCGAAGCCCGCCGCGCCCGCGUCCCAGCCGCAGCCAGCACCCGCGCCCAAGCCGGAGCCCGCCCGCGCGCCCACUGCACACAUCAUCGAGGCUGAAGUAAUCUUCUGUCAGAUGGGUCUUGAUGCCUGGUUCGACCCCCAGAGGCUGCACCCCGAAGUGGAGUCGCUGAUCUACUGGCGCGUGGCGGCGCGGUCGGGCGCGGCGCUGGGCGCGGGGCUGGCGCUGCUGGUGGCGCUGGCGUGCUGCAGCGUGGUGUCGGUGCUGGCCUACGGCUCGCUGCUGGCGCUGUCCGCCGCCGUCGCCUUCCGCAUCUACAAGAACGUGCUGCAGGCCGUGCAGAAGACCAAUGAUGGACACCCAUUCAAAUGGCUCCUGGAGAAGGACAUCAGCGUGCCGGCCGAGCGCGCGCAGUCGCUGGCGGCCGCCGCCACCGCGCACCUCAACGCUGCUCUCAACGAGCUGCGCAGGCUAUUCCUGGUGGAAGACCUGGUUGACUCGCUGAAGUUCGGCGUGCUGCUGUGGUGCCUGACGUACGUGGGCGCGUGCUUCAACGGCAUCACGCUCAUCAUUCUCGGGUGGAUAGCGCUGUUCACGCUGCCCAAGGCGUACGAGAUGAACAAGCCGCAGGUGGACGCCAACCUGGAGCUGGCGCGCGCCAAGAUCGACGAGAUCUCCGCCAAAGUGCGGGCGGUGGUGCCGCUGGGCAGGAAGACGGAGAGCGAGAAGGACAAGUAGGGCGUGCGAGCGAGACAGCAGCCGGCGAAGCCGCAGCCGGACUUCACUCACUGUUUGUUAUAUUUAUUAUUAUUGUACUAUUAAAUAAAGAUACUACUUUACGUGUAAAGCUUUAUGAGACGAGUCAUGCGGAGAUUAUUGUAUUUGCUUUUUGAAAUUUUAAAUUAAAAUAACUGUCGAACC